AUGUUUCGCGCACAGCAAAACGCCUUUGACGAUGCAGUCGCCAAGGCGACCGACGAGAACCUGACUUCCGAGAACUGGGAAUACAUCCUGGAUGUCUGCGAUAAAGUUGGUGCUGAGGAGUCAGGAGCGAAAGAUGCCGUCGCUGCUAUGAUUAAGAGACUUGCGCACAGAAACGCCAAUGUGCAGCUUUAUACUUUGGAGUUGGCGAACGCCCUCGCUCAGAACUGCGGUCCCAAGAUUCAUCGCGAGCUUGCCUCUAGGAGCUUCACCGAUGCUCUGCUACGUCUAGCGAAUGAUAGAAACACCCAUCAACAGGUCAAGUCGAAGAUCCUAGAACGCAUGCAGGAAUGGACGGAGAUGUUCGCCAGUAACCCGGAUUUCGGAAUCAUGGAACAAGCUUACAUGAAGCUGAAGACUCAGAACCCGAACCUGCAGCCUCCGUCGAAGCCCGGAAAGCGGGAAAUCACCGAUUCAGAUCGCCAAAAGGAAGAGGAGGAGCUGCAAAUGGCCCUUGCACUGUCGAUAAGAGAAAAGGCCACGACUGCCCCUGCUCCACAGCCCGAGGCCAGCUCCAGUGCUGCUCCAGUCCACCAAAACCAGACACCUGCUGCCACGUCCCAGGCCGUCCCCUCGGGUACUUCUGCCGCCACAGUCUCGCGCGUGAGAGCCCUGUUCGACUUUCAGCCUUCGGAACCCGGUGAACUGCAGUUCCGCAAGGGAGAUGUCAUCGCUGUUCUCGAGUCUGUCUACAAGGAUUGGUGGAAGGGUUCCUUGAGAGGCCAGACCGGCAUCUUUCCCCUUAACUACGUCGAGAAACUUCCAGACCCGACGGUGGAGGAGUUGCAGCGGGAAGCCCAGAUGGAAGCCGACGUGUUUGGUCAGAUCAAGAACGUGGAGAAGUUGUUGACCCUUCUGAGCACUCGCAGCUCCGAGCUGAAUGUGCAGGACAAUGAGGAGAUCACGGCAUUGUACCACUCCACAUUGGCCAUUCGCCCCAAGCUGAUCGAGCUCAUUGGGAAGUACUCGCAGAAGAAGGACGAGUUCACACAGCUCAAUGAAAAGUUCAUCAAGGCGCGGAGGGAUUACGAGUCUCUGCUGGAGGCGUCCAUGGCGCACCCCGCACAACCCCAAUAUGGCCGACCGGCUCAACCUCCAUACGGCUAUCCUGGUGCCGCUCCUGUGGGAUAUCCUCAAGGUCCGCCACAGGCUGAUCCUCAACGCUACUUCAGCCCCCGUCCUCAAGAAUCACAAGCCCCUCCGGCCAAUGCGCCUGCAUUCUACAGCGCAGACCAAGCGCACCCAUACCCUCCCACUUCACAAUCGCCCGAUCCCCGUCAGACACCACCCGCUGGCGCCCCGUAUCAGCAGCCACAGCAGCCGCCGCCGCAGCAGCGCCAGCCCUCCUCGGAGUCCUACCAGCCCGUGUACCACCGUCCGGAAUCCACAUACGAGAAUCCCCAAGAACUCGGCACAUCUGUCUACGAUUCCCCGGUUGAGCAUCCCGCCAGCCAGAGACCACCAUACCCCGGCGCCGUGCAGGUCCCCGCCGCAGUGCAGCAGCAUUUCCAACAGCAACAGCAGCCGCAACAGCAACAACAACAACCGCACCCGGAAUACCCUGCUUCAGGCUACGCUCCUGAAGACGCCUCCAGACCCCCUCCUGCCCACCAAGCACAGCCUCCCUACCCUUCACACCAACCGCCGCCUAUGCACCAGCCCCCGCCUGUCCCAGGUACAUCCACAACGCCAACACCCUAUCCUGCUUUGAACGUCGGAGGCGGAUACCAGGCGUAUAACCCGUCUCAAACGGACGUAUCUAACCCCGCGUCAUUCUACCGGUGA